AUGGCUGUCAUCUGGUGUCCGCUUCAUCUGGUCAUCACCAUGUUUAUCCGGUACCUGGCGCAGCGGCGGCCGAGCCUGCUGGACCCGCAGGACCGGAGCCGCGUCAUCUGCGAGGGCGAUCCGCUCGGCCGGGUGUUCGGCGUGCGUCACUUCACCAAGGACGAAACUAAGUCCUUGGUACUGCAGCACCUGUCGCCGGUGGAUGAGGAGCGGCCGGCUCCGAUUGCCCCUACUGCCGCCGACGCCGCCGACGCCGCUGCCGCCGACGCCGGUGUCAGCAAGCGCGGUGCAGCCGAUGAGCCAUCCGCCGACGGUCCGGACAGGAAGCGUAGCUGUCCGGACGAGCGGACGGCCGAGCCGGUCAUCACCAUGUUUAUCCGGUACCUGGCGCAGCGGCGGCCGAGCCUGCUGGACCCGCAGGACCGGAGCCGCGUCAUCUGCGGGGGCGAUCCGCUCGGCCGGGUGUUCGGCGUGCGUCACUUCACCAAGGACGAAACUAAGUCCUUGCUGCUGCAGCACCUUUCGCCGGUGGAUGAGGAACGGCCGGCUCCGGUUGCCGCCGCCGCCGCCGCCGACGCCGACGUCGACGCCAAUGUUAGCAAGCGCGGUGCAGCCGAUGAGCCAUCCGGCGACGGUCCGGACAGGAGGCGUAGCUGUCCGGACGAGCGGACCGCCGAGCCGGCCGCACCCGGACCCUCCGGCCUGGCGGCGGCCGUGUCCGGGUCGUCCGGCCUGACGGCCGGCGCGCCCCGUCCGUCCGGACACCCCGGACUGCCAGAAAGAAAAUAUAGGCUGAAGGAGCAGUUGUACCACGUCCUUGCUGAGGUUGGAGCACAAAGGGAAAAACCAUAUGAGUGGAAAGAUGUCAUCACCAUGUUUAUCCGGUACCUGGCGCAGCGGCGGCCGAGCCUGCUGGACCCGCAGGACCGGAGCCGCGUCAUCUGCGGGGGCGAUCCGCUCGGCCGGGUGUUCGGCGUGCGUCACUUCACCAAGGACGAAACUAAGUCCUUGGUACUGCAGCACCUGUCGCCGGUGGAUGAGGAGCGGCCGGCUCCGAUUGCCCCUACUGCCGCCGACGCCGCCGACGCCGCUGCCGCCGACGCCGGUGUCAGCAAGCGCGGUGCAGCCGAUGAGCCAUCCGCCGACGGUCCGGACAGGAAGCGUAGCUGUCCGGACGAGCGGACGGCCGAGCCGGCCGCACCCGGACCCUCCGGCCUGGCGGCGGCCGUGUCCGGGUCGUCCGGCCUGACGGCCGGCGCGCCCCGUCCGUCCGGACACCCCGGACUGCCAGAAAGAAAAUAUAGGCUGAAGGAGCAGUUGUACCACGUCCUGGCUGAGGUUGGAGCACAAAGGGAAAAACCAUAUGAGUGGAAAGAUGUCAUCAUCAUGUUUAUCCGGUACCUGGCGCAGCGGCGGCCGAGCCUGCUGGACCCGCAGGACCGGAGCCGCGUCAUCUGCGGGGGCGAUCCGCUCGGCCGGGUGUUCGGCGUGCGUCACUUCACCAAGGACGAAACUAAGUCCUUGCUGCUGCAGCACCUUUCGCCGGUGGAUGAGGAACGGCCGGCUCCGGUUGCCGCCGCCGCCGCCGCCGACGCCGACGUCGACGCCAAUGUUAGCAAGCGCGGUGCAGCCGAUGAGCCAUCCGGCGACGGUCCGGACAGGAGGCGUAGCUGUCCGGACGAGCGGACCGCCGAGCCGGCCGCACCCGGACCCUCCGGCCUGGCGGCGGCCGUGUCCGGGUCGUCCGGCCUGACGGCCGGCGCGCCCCGUCCGUCCGGACACCCCGGACUGCCAGGGACAGGCGGCGGGGCGGCCCCGGCCGAAGAGCCGGUCGAAUCCGGUGACGACACGGACGACCACCGUCGGACGUACGCCCACGAGAUGGAGCCCGUCGACUGCUCGGACGUCGGUGACGCGGAGAGCUCGGGGCUGUCGGACGAAGACUCGCCGCUCCAGCUGAUGUACGUGACCGCCUGGUGUGACGACCCGGGUGAGGUGGCCGACCAGGAGACGUCCUGUUCGGACAGGGAGCCCCGCGGCACCUGGCAGUGUCCUGACGACAGGUGCCGACACACCAACAGCGCGCGCCACUCCGAGUGCGACCACUGCUGGGCGGUGGGUGGCCGACACUCCCGGUCCCGUAUGGAGGCAGGCUGAGCUGCAGAAACGGCUGUAAUCAACAGUGGCAGGCAGGCAGGCAUGUGUCUAGAACCCAAAACACCCCAGGAUCCCGAGUAAUGAGUAACCGUAUGGGAUCCUGGAUCCACCCCUGGGAUCUUGGAUCCACCCUUGGGAUCCUGGACCCAUCCUUGGGAUCCAGGCACGUGUCUAGACUGGUUGGAUCACUCCCUGUGACAUACAGGGCACUGUUAAAACGGGUUGCAAUAACUCGUGCCAUUGAAGAAAAGGCCCUUACAUCUGUGCGCAUUACUCGUUGCCGUUCGGAACCACCGUUAAGUACAAGGUUACGGAGAUGGCCGGUACAUGCCGUCG